AGGACUUCAGCUCCCAGAGGGCACUACGAUAGCACCGGCACCCGCUUGACGGGGAAGCCGAGCGAGUGAUCCAUCAAGGGAAGGAAGAUGGUGGAACAAGCGGCGUGGUUUCCCCGUAAGGCAGUAACCGACCCUGUCAUUAGUCCCCAGCAGAGAGACGCCGCCCGGCCCGAAGCAGCAUCCUGAUAACAGCCCGUGUCGGCUAUGCCCCGGCCUCGUUCACGGCGCGGCGAUACAGCCCGCAGAGGCGCCCGAGGUGCCCGAAGCAGUGCCAAGAUGGAUUCCCAGGCCAGUGAUGACGAGGCAGCUAGUGAAGUUCUGAGUCAUUACAGCAGUGCCAGUGAGACUACUAGUGUAGCAGAGGAAGUGACAGGUGGUGAGGCAGUUGAUGAGCAAGCACAGCAAGAGGAAAUGGAAGAUAAGCUGAAGGAGUGCAUUGACAAUGUCAUGGACAAGAGUGCCAAGACACGACAGGUGGCUCUAGAGAGCUUGAGGCUCGCAUUCUCCUCCAAGACACUCUUUGACUUCCUCUUAGAACGUAGGCUCACCUUGACAGACUCCUUGGAGAAGUGCCUGAAAAAAGGUAAAGGGGAGGAGCAGUCCCUUGCUGCUACUGUUCUUACGCUACUGUGCCUUCAGAUGGGCUCAGGGCCUGAGGGGGAGGAGGUCUUCCGCAGCCUAAAGCCCCUCCUCAUCAGUAUCCUGACAGAUUCCACCGCCAGCCCAGUUGCUCGGCAAAGUUGUGCCACUGCUCUUGGGAUGUGCUGUUAUAUCGCUGCAGCGGAUGUGGAGGACCUGGUUUCUUGCCUUGCUUGCCUGGAGGGUAUCUUCAGCACCUCCUGCAGCAAGGAGACUGGAUCAGAGCCCUCCCACCAUAGCCCUCUGCUCCAGGUCUUGCAUUGCAAUGCGCUCCAGUCCUGGUCCCUGCUUCUCACCAUCUGCCCAAGCACCCAGAUCAAGAAGAUCCUGGACAAUCACUUACCUACAUUGCCUCUGAUGUUGUCCAGUGAUAACGUCCACCUUCGGAUUGUGGCUGGUGAAACAAUUGCGCUGCUCUUUGAGCUGGCCCGAGACAUAGAGGAGGAUUUUUUCUAUGAUGAAACGGACCUGCUGUGCACGAAGCUGAAAGCCCUGGCCACAGACAGCAACAAGUACCGAGCCAAAACAGAUCGGCGAAAGCAACGCUCCAUCUUUCGGGAUGUGCUGCAUUACAUUGAGAAUGGGGAGUGCCAUGAGGAGACCAUCAAGUUUGGACUAGAAUGCAUGUAUGUGGACAGCUGGGCAAGGAGAAGAACAUACAAUGCCUUCAAAGAAGCUCUUGGCUCUGGGGUCCGGCACCACCUGCAGAACAAUGAGUUGCUGCGUGAGAUAUUUGAACUGGGGCCCCCACUCGUGCUAGACGCUGCAGCCAUCAAAGCCAGCAAGAUCUCACGCUUUGAGAAGCAUCUGUACAACUCGGCUGCUUUCAAGGCCAGGACAAAAGCGAGGAGCCGUGUUCGAGAUAAGCGGGCUGAUGUCCUUUGAGGGGAUGCUGCUUCCUCCUUUUGCCUUCCGUAAAGCCAAUGAACUACAGACCCAGACCACUGUGAACAUGAGGGGGUGGGGAUGCCUGGGGCAAGGGACUCAUUGCCUCAACUCAUUCAAAACUAGGGUUGUGCCAUGCCCCCUCUAUUCCCCCACCACAUUCUGGGGGCAGAGAGAUUUUAUAUAUGUGUACAGAAUACUAUUUAAAUGUCUUGGAUGUUUGAAUACUGAUGGAAUGGCAGUGGGCAGGUGCCAUUUUUAUUUUUUUAACCAAAAAUCUAAGCGAGGUUGGGUGGUGAGGAGACUUAUUCCCCUUGCUGCUUUUUAGGCCAGUGAUAAUUUUAGCCUCCUUCACCUGUCUCCAUUGCUGAACGUAUUGUACGGUCGCUAUGGGCAGCACAAAUUGGAAUAGGUGAUCAUUUUCCAUCAUCCCAUCUUGUAGCUGUUGACUCUUCCUCUGAUCAGCUCAAUGCAGGAGGUGGGUUUCAGGCUGUAGUACUCCAGGUGGAGGCAGUGAAGGAAGUGGCUUGAGGAUGGGUGCCUUGGGUUCUCCCCGCCCCCGCCCCCCGGAGUUGAAGGUGCAUUGCCUUGUGUUGGAUGAAAUGUAAAUUAGAAAUCAGUGUAUUUGAUUGAAGGCUGGGGCUGACAACACCGUGAAGGGGGGGUAUUUUCUGCUCGAGCAGUUGCUGAUUCUUUAUUGCUUUUUCCUUUUACUGAUUUCCCUGUCUAUCACUGUCUGCAGAUAAGUUCUCUUGCUUUUUAGCACUCGGUUUUGCUUCUCAUUUGCAUAUGGCUUCUUAUAGCAUCCCUGUUGGCAGCCCUGCAAAACUCUUCUUCCCCAAAAUGGGGAAGCCGUCCCAUGUGGCAGAGAAGUUCCCCUGCAACUGACAGAAGUUCCCUACAACUGACACAAAAUAAAUGAGAGUUUAAGUUCAUGGUGCUUUGCCUGCUCAGUAGCUCUCUUUCAGUGCCAAGAAAAGCUUUAAUUCUGCAUGUAUUUGCUUGCUACAUAAUUCAUUUAACCUCCUUUACCCAGUGGGAAAGGCAAGGAGCUAUGCAGGGGGCCUGAUGCCCCAUUUUUUUUACACUUAGAACUCCUGCUAAUUUGACUUUUGAGAGAUUGCCAGGCCCACACACUUUCAAGCUGAAACAAUUUCAGCCCUGUCUUACAGGUAUACACAUGUGAAACCUCUUAAGAAGCUGAAUUAUGCACUACAUGCUGUUUCUUCAGCAGUUGCAGAGAACUGGAGAAUGUAGCCUUGUGGAUGAGAACCAGUAAAUCAACCAGUGCAAGAGUUUAUGCAGCCUAGUUGUUGCUCACUGUUGUGCAUGCUGUAUGUUCUGGGCUUUACUUGGCUUCUUUGUGAUUAUAUCAUCCCAAGUCAGGUAAAGUGCAAAGUGUGUAAGUUGUCAAGCUACACAGAAGCCUUUUAAAAAGGCAGCAUGUUUUUAGCUACAUGUGACUAGAGUAGUUGCAGGUGUAUGCUACUCUAGGUACCUCCAUGGAGCAAUCUCUAAGAGCCACUUCACCUAAGCCUCUCAUAAUCUGUUUUUAAGCCAUAAGGAAAAGAUCAGCUAGAACUAGUUAAAAUUAAGUGGCUGGUUUCUUCUGAAAGUAAGAGGCAGGUAAGAGCCAUGCUUCUCUUAACAGGACUCCAUCAGCCAUGUUGUGGGCAUGGGGCUUACUUUGGAAGGUGAGAGUCUCAUGACUCACUGAAGUUUAUAGAAGUAAUAAUGGCACCCACAUGGCAGGGCAUGCAUCUAAGCAGGUGCGUGAUGCCUUUCUUCACAUUGCCUAGGCCAAGUUUACUUGCACAGACCUGCACCAACAAUGCAUGUCCCGUCUGUACAACAUCUUGAGCGGUGUGCCUGUUCACAAAAGGAAUUAUUUGGCCAGUUUAGUGGUCAAGUGUAGGGCUAUUCUAGGUUUCCUGCAAUGCCAAGGGUGCAGGUCAAGGCACAUCUGAGAGCAUCAAAGCAAGGAAUCUCUUUAUUUGCAGAUAAUAAUUGUUCCUAUUCUGUAUUAUGCACCAUCUAGGUUCCAAUUGCAGCUAUCCCUUUAUUAUUAUGUUUAAAAGCCUGUCUAGGCUUUGAGAAUGAAGGAAAAAGCUUGGAAGCUUAAGGUAUUUUUUUUGCUGAACUUUACAAAAACUAGCAGGAGUUUAAGGAUCAAAUGAGACAUUACGAUCCAAGUGUACUUAUUCAUCUGUCCUGUGUUUACAAGGGAGGGUUAGAGUGUAUGGAGGGUGGGAACAAAGCCUGGCCCCUCUCCCUCUGUACUCCAUUGCUUUAAACAGCUUGGUCCAACCCCAGAACCAGCAGUGAGCCAGGCUGGGGGGGAGAAAUCCUUAAAGAGAUGGGACCCCCCAUAUACUCCAGUUUUGAUUAAAAUACACUAUUCAGCCCCCUCUUCACACAUGCACAGAAAGACACGUGAACAAAUACACAUGGAUUCUCCUAUUCUCCUGUCACAUCUGCUUUAAACCUUAGAAGUUAAGCAUUGGAAUUUCUGUACUGUACCUUUCUAAUUCAUAUAUUCUCUGUUACACUGCAGUAUUACCCCUUCUCUCCGCAUCAGCCUUCACCACCUCUGGUUGGAAAUAAAUAUGUGGAAAUGGCAACAUUUGCAUUUGGCACAAAUUUAA